AUGACUGCAUCAGACCCUGUUUCUCAGGUUGGCGCGCAAGAAGAGCCUACGCGCUCUCGUUCCCGCCAUAAAUCCUACCCCAGAUUCAUCCCGAGAUUUCAAGCGAGCUUACUCGACAGACUGCCGUUUUCCGCUGAGAGUGACGUCUUACGGUCGUCUUCUUUAGCGUCCGAGUCUCGUCCUAUGGGCGGAGAAGAUCGCAAUCCGAAACAUAAUGGACAUCGGAAAUCAUUCUCCUCACAACCAUCGCAAUCACCCCAAUCACCCCAAUCACCUCCUAUAACACCGACAACUCCGAUAGCUCCCGUUCAAGGUGAGGUGGAAAAAAAAGUUCUGCUUCUCGAAAGUGAUUGCUAUGACAAGCUUGGAUUCAGCUUCCCGCGAUGGAAAAAGUGGACAAUCCUCAGCGUCGUCUUUUUCGUACAAUUAUCAAUGAACUUCAACACUAGUAUCUACUCCAAUGCCAUCACGCCCUUAGCUCUCCAUUUCUCUAUUUCCGAGCAAGCUGCUAGAGUAGGCCAGAUGAUUUUCCUUGUUGCCUACGCGUUUGGGAGUGAGCUGUGGGCCCCUUGGAGUGAGGAGCUUGGUCGGUAUCCAGUCAUGCAGCUUAGUUUGUCUCUGGUUAAUCUAUGGCAAAUACCCUGCGCGUUGGCUCGGAAUUACCACACCAUUGUGAUUGGGCGCUUUUUCGGCGGUUUAUCCUCUGCUGGUGGUUCUGUUACACUGGGGAUGAUUGCCGACAUGUGGGAGCCCGAUGACCAACAGUUUGCUGUCGCUUUCAUUGUACUUUCGUCUGUUGCGGGGUCUGUCAUAGCGCCCAUCGUCGGGGGCUUCAUGGAGUUUUACCUUGAUUGGAGAUGGAACUUUUGGGGCCAGCUCAUCUUUGGAGCAGCAGCUCAACUCGCUCACUUAUUGUUCGUGCCAGAAACAAGGACUACUAUCCUGUUAGACAGAGAAGCUAAACGGCAACGUCGGGCGGGAGAGACAAAUAUUUACGGCCCCAGCGAGAUCGAUGGGAUGGGAAUUACUAUGAGAGAUGUGGCGAUAAUCUGGGCCCGACCGUUUAGCUUAUUCGGAUUUGCAUGGACAAGUUUAGGUCCUCCUCAAGUACAUUGGAUUGCUCCCAUGUUAUUUUCCCUAUUGAUUGCGGUUGCAAAUUACUGCAUCUACAUGGCGACAAUUGACUACAUGGUCGCAAGCUAUGGACCGUAUUCAGCGUCUGCGACGGGUGGUAAUGCACUCGCAAGGGAUUUCCUUGCGGGGAUUGCAGCGAUGUAUUCAACCCCGUUGUACGAAUCAAUCGGCAACAAGUAUCAACUUGAAUGGCCGUCGACCAUUCUCGCCAUUGUCUCAUUUAUUGUCACCGUUCCCAUUUACGUAUUUUACUGGAAAGGCCCCAUAAUCCGAGAGAAAUCCAAAUUCGCAAAAACUCUGGCAACCGACAGGAAGGCUCGGAACAUUCGCCAGAUGGGCGAAAAAAAUAGGUCAAAUAUGGGACAGACGAGUGAAAGCCAGCUCAGCCAGUCAAGCGGACUGAUCUAUGGGGUAAACAGCAAACAUGGUAUUCAUUAA